AUAUUAUACAAAUGCCAGAUACAAAACAGGUACGAUUUGGGGAUUUUUGCUUUUCUCCUUUCUUCUGAAUGACCGUCGCCAUUUAACGUCAUAUUUAUGCGACUUUGUUUUUGAUGAGCGUUUGCUUUAAUUUUGUGGAGCCACUUCCAUCAUGGUGGUCUUUCCAGCUUCGCUGACGGAGGAAGAAGAGGCUUUGCAAAAGAAGUAUGCUAAGCUCAAGAAAAAGAAAAAGGCAUUGCUUGCACUUAAGAAACAGAACACGACCAAUCAAACCAACCCGAGUGGAUUAAAACGGACACUGUCAGACCAGCCUGUUGUUGAUACAGCGACUGCAACUGAGCAAGCGAAGAUGUUGAUCAAGUCGGGGGCUAUCAGUGCUAUCAAAUCAGAGAAUAAGAACUCAGGUUUUAAACGUUCGCGUAUGCUGGAGAUUAAACUCAAGGACCCUGAAAAAGGCCCAGUUCCAGCAUUCUUGCCUUUUCAAAGGAGCGUUUCAACAGAUGAAGAGCAACCUGAGUCUGGAAGGAGGUCCCACAGGAAGUCGCUGUAUGAGAGCUUUGUCAGUUCAAGUGACAGAUACCGUGAUGAGGACGACGGGGGAGGAAUGUCCUCCAUCCGAGAGAUGGACAGAGACCGAGAGCGGGACAGAGAGCGAGAUCGAGAGAGGGACCGUGACAGGGAGCGUGACCGUGACAGAGAGCGAGAACGGGAUCGGGAGCGUGAGCGAGAUAGAGAUCGAGAACGGGAGAGUGACAGAGACCGGGACAGGGAUCGAGAUCGGGAUCGGGACAGGGAUCGAGAUAGGGUGAGAGAGCGGGAUAGAGAAAAGGACAGGGAGAGAGACCGGAGCAGAGACCGGAGCAGUGAGCUGGAACGAGACCAUGAGACAGACAGAGAGCGUGAUGGGACAUUCAGACGGUCGGAUUCAUAUCCUGAGCGCAGAGUCAGAAAAGGGAACACGGUGUAUGUUUAUGGCUCAGGGUUGUCUGAGGACAGCAUGCGCUCAGCUUUCUCUCAACAUGGCAACAUUAUCGACCUUUCCAUGGAUAACCCGCGCAAUUGUGCAUUCAUUACAUUUGAGAAGAUGGAGUCUGCAGACCAGGCAGUAGCUGAGCUGAAUGGGAACACAGUGGGAGACGUUCACAUCAAAGUCAGCAUUGCCAGGAAGCAACCCAUGUUGGAUGCUGCCACAGGCAAAUCUGUGUGGGCUUCUCUGGCUGUGCAGAACAGCACCAAAGGCUCUUACAGGGACAAGAGGAACCAGGUUGUGUACAGUGAAGAUUUCCUGUAGUAAAACAGUCACUGUUAUUAUUAUUUCUUAGGUUUCUAUCUUGCCUUCAUAUUUUUUUCAUCUCUAUGAUCUGGGAGCUAUCAUUGGAUUACAGAUUACAUUAUUUUUCAUCUCUCAGUUAUAGUUUUUGUAGUUGUAGUUUUUCACAAUUUAAGCAUGAAUUCCUGAUCUUGGGUGGGUUAAUUUCAGGCUUGAUUUAAUUCUGCCUUUCCAAAAGUGAGGUAAUAAAGGUGAUUUUUUUAAAA